CGGGCCACGUGCAGGAGGAGGGGCCGCCUUCUGGUUGGCGCCCCGGGUCCGUCCCUCCUAAAGGCGUAGGCCCGGCGCUGGAGGCGAGGGCGCGCCCCGGCUGGGAGGGCAGGGCUAGAGACCCGUCCAUCACCGAGUCCGCGGGUGGCGGCACCUACCGCACCGCCGUACCUAGGGGAGGCGGAGCCGGGGCGGCAGGCCGCGGCCGGGGGAGGCGGAGCCAGGCCGGCGGGAGCCAAUCGUUCGGGCGGCACGAGGGGGCGGGGGCGGGGUCACCGCGCGCGACCCAAACACAAGGGCCGGGCGCACCCUGCCGUCGCGCCGCUCCGCGGCCUUCCGGCGCGAGGGUCGGGGACCUCCUCCCUGCUUGGGCACCCCCACCUUCGCGGCUCAGAUCCUCCCGCCAGUCCGGCCCCUCCUUCGCGGGGGGAGCGAGGCGACGGUUGCCGGGAAGCGCGCGCCACCCCUCCCUCCCAUUCUUCGUCUUCCCCUCGCGCGCCACCCGUUUUUCCUCUUUCUCCGCUAAUAACAGUUGGGUGGCUGGGGGAGGAGGGAAGGUGGCCCCGGCGAAGUCUGGGCGGGCGCCUCCCACUCAGCCGCCUGCUGCCGUGUGAGCCGGAGGAUGGCGCCGGUAGCAGCGGCCGCCCGAGAGGAGGCGGUGCCGAGGCCCGGGGCGCCGAGCGCGGCGGCAGAGAGCGGCAGCGGCCCGUCGUGGCGCACCAGAACCGAAACCAGCGGCGGCCGCACGUCCACCUGAGCCGCCUCCUCCCGCUGGAGCCUGUGAGCGGUGCCCGCAGCCGGAUCCCCUUCCUCUUCGCGUCCUCUCGUCUCCUGCGCCCGCGGCAGGCCGCCGGCCUCGCCCACCGCCAGGAGAAGAGCGCGCAGGGCGCCGACUGCCCCUCGGGGCGCCGGGCGGCGGCCCUGGACGUGCGGGAGCCUCUCUGUGCCGGCCGCGGCGCCUCGGCCCUGCCCUCACGCUCCUGCCCUCGCUCUCGCCCUCCCGGAGCUCCGGGCGCUGCGCGCGGGCCCGGCCCGGGGCAGGGCGGACAUGGGCGCCAAGCAGAGCGGCCCGGCCGCCGCUAACGGCCGCACGCGCGCGUACUCGGGCUCGGAUCUGCCUUCCAGCAGCAGCGGAGGGGCCAAUGGGACCGCGGGCGGCGGCGGCAGCGGCGGCGGCGCUCGGGCCGCCGCCGCGGGGAGGUUCCCAGCUCAGGUGCCCAGUGUGCACCAGCCCAGCGCCUCGGGCGGCGCCGCGGCGGCCUCGGCGGCCCCGGCAGCCCCGGCCCCGCGCAGCCGCUCCCUUGGCGGGGCCGUGGGGAGCGUGGCGUCAGGGGCCCGCGCGGCGCAGUCCUCCUUCAGCAUCCCGAACAGCAGCAGCGGCCCGUACGGCUCGCAGGACUCGGUGCACAGCAGCCCCGAGGACGGCGGCGGCGGCAGGGACCGGCCGGCAGGCGGGAGCCCCGGCGGGCCGCGUCUGGUGAUCGGCUCCUUACCAGCUCACCUCUCGCCGCAUAUGUUUGGAGGAUUUAAGUGCCCCGUAUGCUCAAAAUUUGUACCCUCGGAUGAAAUGGAUUUGCAUCUUGUAAUGUGUUUAACAAAGCCAAGAAUAACCUAUAACGAGGAUGUACUGAGUAAAGAUGCUGGGGAAUGUGCAAUAUGCCUUGAAGAACUGCAGCAGGGAGAUACUAUAGCAAGACUGCCUUGUCUAUGCAUAUAUCAUAAAGGCUGCAUAGAUGAAUGGUUUGAAGUAAAUAGAUCUUGUCCUGAGCACCCUUCAGAUUAAACAUCAACUUCCUGUUUUGUAGGUUUUCUUGUCUUUACAAGAUGCUUGAAAAACCAAGAGGAUAUGAAGAUACUGUCUCUGGAGAAACAAAAACGCAGGCAUACUCAGCCAGAAAUCUGAGUUUUGUGAGGACUUGGUAAUAACAGAUGGACAAUCGUACUGGGGAAAGACACAAAUCCCGCUCAAGAGAGGACAGUGACCACAGAACUCAGUGUACCAAACAUGCAUAUAAAGGACACACAGGGAUUUUGAAAAUGCUGCACAUCCCUUAAUAGUCAUCUAUGUAGGUAAUACUGAUAAACAUUUUGUAUUCAGACGCCAAAGUUAACUGAUUUAAAAGUUGAUUUACUUUUUAUUAAGUUCUCCAGAGCUGCACAACUAGUUAUGUUUUGAUUUGUUUUAUUGUUUAGUUUGGGAUCUCUUUGUUUUCCCCAACAUAAUGUUUCUGCAUUCAUCUGUUCUUAAAUUGCAAAACAUAUAAUUUACUUCUUAUAAAUUAAAGUCUUAAAUGUGAAACCAAGAAAUUUAAUCAAGCAGUAAAAACAUUCUCUGAAUGUAGACCAUGAUUUCAAGUUCUUCCAUUUUUUUCCCCCAAGAGUGGAAAAUAGACUUCUACAUAGGAAAGCUAUGUUAAUAUUUUUAAAUUAAAGGUUAAAUAUCGGAAUGCAGUCCAAAGAGUAAAUCACAUUAUAUGAUUACAUUUUAAUUAAAUAUAGAAUACUCUACUGAAUUGCAGUUUAUUAAAUAUACUUAUCCUCUUAAAUAAAACUGCUCAACAGUUAAUCAGCAGUGAAUCAUCUUGUAGCUAUGCAAUUUAAAAAAAAAACACAGAUUACCAAUUUUCAGUGCUGCCAGCUACAGUAACUCUGUUUUAACGGGUAUCUUUUGUUUGGUCUUUUCAUGUCAUUAUAUUACUGUGCUUUGCAUCUCCAGGCAGUUCUCUCACAUUUGGGUAAAAAGUUUAGCGGGCUGUAAACUUAAGGGUAAAAUAAAAUUUUCUGAAAUGGAACUUGGAAUAAUUUGAGGGAGAUUUUAUAUCUUUAAAAAUUGGAAUUUAAUUGGGAUCCCAGAUUUAUAGCAAUUUGCAUCUUUAAUUUUCCAGAUAAUCUGGAAGUUAGCAUUUGAUAAAUGAUUUUUUAAAGCAGAUAUGAAUAUUUUGUUUAUAAUUUAUUCAUGUGUUAUUACUGUAAUUGAAAAUGUUAUAGACACUUUUAAAUUCAGUUUGUGUAGAAAUGUGUUAAACAAAAAUAUGUGAAUAAAUUUUCCCACGUAAUACAUCUGAAUGGUUAAAAAUACUGGAAGAGUUGUCAGGGCUAUGAUAGUGAAUGUCUUUUUUUUUUUUAUAUCAAAAAUAUCGAUAAGUAGGUUUUGUGUUUUCAACAUAGGGAAAAUGUUAUCAAUGAAUAGGCAGUGCACUUUACCUGGUAUAACUGAAAGUUGCACAGUAAGUACUGUUUCCUUAUUUUAAUCUUUCUUUACUCCUAAUGUAUUUAAGAAGUUGCUGUUUUAUUUAAUGCUGCUACUCUUAAUCUUCUCUAAAUUUGUUCCCCUACUUUCUUGCUUCUGUUUCACGUUUUUUAAAAGGGCAAGUACAGGAGCAACUGCUGCUACCCAGAAAAAUUUGUGUAUUAUAAUUAAAAGUUUUAAUUGCCUUCUGUAUGAUUCCAGAUCAGAUAACAUUUUCCCUAAAGUUAUGCUGUGAAAUGCCUUUUGUUAUGCUGCAAUUGCUAAAGGAAUCCAAAAUCUCCAUUGUGACAGCUGACAGCACAGUUUAAUAGGUGCUUUUUAACUAGUUAUGGAAAAUAUUCUUCCCUUAAGGAAACUAUUGUUUUUCUAAAUUUUUUGUUACCAUGAAGUCUUAAUUUGAAUUCAUUUUAUUUUACGAUUUCGAUUUUGUAAGCUUUCAUAUCCUCCUACCUAACCCCCUCAAGUAAAACCUCUUAGAAUGUGAAUAAUUGAUUCGUUUUCUAUUAUUGAUACACUGUUGUGAUCAGAAUUAUUUUCUUGUCUUCCAUUCUGAAAGGAAGAUAUUUAUACAACUAUGGGGAUUAACUAUAUUCUCCUGGAAGUUGAUUUUCUGAUAGGUUGAUGCAAAAGUCAUUGCAAAACGCUCCAUUACUUUUGCACCAAUUUAAUAUUUCACUUGUUUAGUUUUUAAACUAUAUUGGCUUAAAUUCACUUUUUAGCUCCUCUUUGUCAUAAGGUUCUGUGCUGCAUCUGCUACAAUAGAAGGUCCUGUGGUUUUAAAGAAAGUUCAUUGUUUGUCAGUGUCAAGUGCUACUUGAUUAUUAUAUUUCUCUGAAACAGUAUUCACUUAAAUCUGUUUAUAGCAAUCUCUUUUUGACAAAAUUUACAAAAGUUGGCAUUUUGACUUUAAAUUCAGUCUCUAUCAGUGACUUACUAAAAAGAGCAGCUUAGAAAUAAGGGGGAAAAAGUUUUUAAAGCCCAAAUGCUCCAGUUUUUAUUCAAAGUCAAAGUUGUUAUUCUGGAAGAUACAAGUAAUAUUCUACGUAAUGUCACUUAAAAUAUUUGUAAAUCUAUUAUGCAAACACUCAAUAGUAUAAGUAAGACAUAAAAUCACAAUAGAUACUUAAAUAUUUAGCUGAAACUACUGACAACUAAUUACUAUGGGGGACACAAUAAAGAUUGAAAGCCUGGGUUAUCAAGUUGGUUUUUGCUUUCUAGAAUCUUCGUAAAUACUCAUAUUCAAGUAAGAUCACAUGUGCAUACAUAGAAAGCAGUAUGUUCUGAAAUUUCACUUUAGUGCCACUCUUUGUCCAUAAUGGAUUUAUUGCCAAUUUUGAAUCCUCAUCUUACCUUGAUCUGGCUUUUUUUUUUUUUUUCCUUGCCAGAAUAUUUAGGACAAAGUAAAAUUCUGUUUUAGUUUUGGCCUUUUGUCGGAGAAAUAGACUAAGCAUAGUCUUAAUAUGUGUUUUUCAGAUCUGGUUACAAGAUGGAUUAUAGAUUGUGUUUUAAGAGCAAUGUUGUGAUUGAAAUAUAAAUAAUAGUAUAACUGGUUUUUUGUGAUAGCAGAAACAACAUUAAAAAGGUCAUGUUAUAUAAUACGCAGGUUUUGGUUUCUUAGUGCAAGUCUUAAUUUGUUUUAAAUGUCACAUAGUUAUUUCAGUUUUCACCCACUAGAUACUUUACUAGAAUGUAGCCCCAAAAGGACUGAGGGCCAGCCUCAGCAUAUUUGCCCUAUGUAUUUCAAAGAUUACAGUUUGAAUGAGUUAAUGAAAAUGGCAGGUUUCUUUUCACAGCUUAUUUGACUUGCAGACAUAUUAUUAAGUUUGGGUAUAAUGAAGUUUAAGAACAAUCACUUAAUACCUACAGCAAUGCUGAUAUUGUUUUAAAUGAAAAAGACUGUAAAUCCAAUGUAAAUAUUACCUAACCUUAUGUAACAAGUUAGGAAAGUGGAUGAGGGGAAUUUUUCCAAAAAUAAGCUAUAUUUCAACAAAGCAUGAAACCUUUUCUUAAAUUUAAGAAUAAUUGAAUUUACCAUCUAAUUGACAUUUGUACUGUGUAUGGAUAAUAAUAUCCAAAACAUCUUACUCUUUCACAGAGGAAGUUCUCAUUUAAAUCAGAUUACUGAGAACUAUAUAAAACUACAUAGAAGUAAAUGGUGCUUAUUAAAUAUGAGUAUAGUUUGUUAGUUACUGGAAUUCUUCUAGUUUAUUUGGAUCAUUUUCUUACAAUUUUGAUUCAUUCCUGAGGUGAACUCAGUAUCUGUUGACAAUGAGUGGUUAAAUGUGAAGUUCCCUUUUUCAGUGUCCCUUGUUCUUGUACAGGUAUUUUCUUAGUUAAAAAAAAAAAAAAAAAAUUCUAGCAUGCCAACAUUUUCUCUUUGGCCUAUUCCCUUUUUUCUUAAGUGUGUAACUUCUGAUUUUUUUCUUUGCUAUGUUGUGAAUAACAGUAGUUAAAUUCUCUGUUUUAUUAUCUACUUAUCUUUUCUCUCCAGAUCUUUGUAUUCUAAAACUAAAUUGCUUGGUUUUCUUUAGAGGAAAUUGCUACUUCGUAUACUCCUAGUAGUGAUUCAUAGUCAGGAAUAGCUGGCAAACCUUUCUAGGUAAUAACUUAUACAAAUAAUACUUUGAGUAUCAUAUUUUGUGAAUCCCCUGCUUAAGCGAGGAAACAGUAUUCUUUUUAAAUCAUAGAAUUCCUGUAUUAAAUGUGAAAUACACGGUCUCCAAAGUCAGCUGAUGCUCUGUGGAAAAUGAAAGGCAUUGGAGGAGACCAGAUAUGUUAAUACUUAGUUUUAGUUGAAAAUGCAACAUUACUGUCCUUAGGGGGUGUUGGUUUAAUUUUAGACCAAUGGCUAAGUAAUAAGAGGGAUUUUUGGUUGCUCAUUUAGAUAGAGACAGAAACAGCAUGGUAUAAACUAACAUCCGAGAAAUAAAUGAAAAAUUUUAAAUAAUAAAAUUUUGUUGUUUAUGAACCAGUGUUAUCUAUGAACUAACAUUGUGCUUCUUAGCUCUGACCUGAACAGUGAGGUACCUGUCUUGGCACUGGAAAUGACAAAGUUCUGUUACUGAAUUCUCAAGCCUUCCUUUUCUGACUUAGCAGGUUGAAAUUGGUAGGUACUAAUGAUUUAUGUUUGAUAAAUUUACAGUUCAGCUUAUAUCCUGUUAUCAGUAAACCUGGUACCAGAAUCUUAAAAGAUUUGAUUAUUAGUAGCAUUUUGAGUUCCUAUGUGCAUAUAAUAUAGUUAGCAGACCUUUAUAGAGGUCAAAAGAGACUUUGGAAUUUGAUGAUAUGGGUCUUUAUUACACUAGUUUAUUACAUUUUCUUUCUUGAUAGUAACUGUUUUUGUGAGUUUCAUUGAAAGUCAUGGCUCUAUUGCUUUAUUCAUGGUUUCCACAACUCUUUCUGUAAAAUCUUAAUUUUUUCUAUUAGAUAAAGUAUUUUUCUUUUAAAUAAGAUAUCAAAAGCAUCAAUCACAAGACAUAGAGAAAAUGAAUUAGGAACAACUUGUAUUAGUGUAUUCUAAACUAAAAUGGAAAAACUCAUUCACAUUUUAAUAAAUAAAACUUCCAAAUGAUCUUACCAAAUUAUCCCAUUAUUUAGAAACAGAAAGAAUGUUUUUGAGGAAAUUUGUCAUAUUCUCUCUUCUAUCUAGAAGUUGACAAUAAAUUGCAGUAAAACUAAGAAAUAACUGAAUGCUGAAAAAUACCAUGAAUUAAUUAAUGUUACGGCUUCUUUCUUUUUCUAUAUUCAUUCCUACAAAAUUGAAUUUAAAAUUAUUAAUAAAAAUUUUAUAAUAAGUAAUAAUGCUUAUAUUAGUAAUGGGCAAAGAAGUCUUUCUUUGUUACCUUAAUCAUAAGUAAAAGAUGUACUUUGACAUUUCUAAUGUAAAACCUAUAUGUAAAUGUUAUAAUUGAAAUAUGAUUGGACAGCUAUUAAAUUUUGGGGAGGGAAGCCUCUGCUUCUAUGCCAGCAUUCUAUACUGAAAAGACAAGAUGGCACUUGAUGGACCAUAGCAGAUGGAACUGGAGGAGGAAAAGGCAGGCAGAGGACUGCGCCAGUAUGAUCUGUCCAAGAUUGAAGAACUCUAGGGUCAGCUGCAAUAUAAGUUGGAUAGGGGAAAGCCACAAGGAACAGUUCUGAACUCCAGGUGCAUUUGCAGCUGAUUGUGAAUGAUAAGGCCCAAAAUGUCUGGAGGCAGCAGGUGCACAGGAAUGAACUAAAUGCUCAAGUGUGCCUAUUGUGAGAGGAGCUACAGCUGCUGCAGGAACAGAACUCCUGUGUUAGGGAAGGAGUCCAGGCCAUGGCUAAGAAGAAAGUGUUGGUUCAGGUGCAUCCCAAGGACAAGUUUGUCGUAGGUGUAGACAAAAAUGUCAGCAUCAGUGAUGUGACACCCAGUUCCUGGUUGGUUCUAAGAAAUGAUAGCUACACUUUAUACAAGAUCCUACCCAACAAGGUGGACCCAUUGGUGUCAAUGAUGAUGGUGAAGAAAGUGCCAGAUUCGACUUAUGAAAAGAUUGGCAGACUGACUGGACAGGCAGAUCAAGGAGAUCAAAGAAGUGAUCGAGCUGCCUGAUAAGCAUUCCCAGCUCUUCAAAGCGCACUGGGCAUUGCCCAGCCCAAGGGAGUGCUGCUUGGAAGAUGCUGUUGGCCUGGGCUCUGGCUCAUCAUAGGGACUAUACCUUUAUUCAUGUCUCUGGCUCUGAAUUGGGACAGAAAUUCAUUGGGGAAUUUCUGUGAUGACAGAGAAAAUGCUCAUCUGUCAUCUUCAUGGAUGAAAUCAACUCCAUCGGCUCCUCUCAGCUAGAGGGGAUUGCUUCACUAGAGGGAACAGUGAAGUGCAGCACACGAUGCUUUGAGGAUGGCUUUGAGGCCACCAAGAAUAUCAGGGUUUAUCAUGGCUGCUAAAACAAUUGAUAUCCUGGACUUGGCAAUGAUUUUUCCAGGAGACAUUGACAGAGAAAUUGAAUUGCCCCUCUGCAAUGAGGAGGCCCUGCUGGACACUUUGAAGAUUCAUUCUCAGAAAUGAACCCGACCAAGGGAACCAACCUGAGAAAAAUUGCUGAGCUUAUGUCAGGAGCAUCAGGCUGAAAUGAAGGGCAUGUACAUAGAAACCAGCCUGUAUGCCCUGAGGUAAUAGUGAGUCCAUGUCACUCAGAAGGACUUUGAGAUAGUGGUAGCCAAAGUCAUGCCAAAAGACAGUGAGGACAAACACAUCCAUCAAGAAACUGUGGAAUUGAGUGGACAUCCUUUGUGUGUAUCCCUACAAUAAAGCUCUAUGGAACAAGCAAAA